AUGUCGGGCUCACGACAGCAGCCUGGACUGGCUUGCGAGGAAUGCCGCAAAAAGAAACUUCGAUGCGAUAGGAGACGCCCUCAAUGUGAUCAGUGUGAGGACUCUGGUACAGCUUGCCUUGUGAAUCAACUUCGCUCUCCACGGGGCCCCAAGAAGGGGCAUCUCAAGGCUUUGCGUAAUCGCAUUGCUACACUAGAAAGCAUCAUAAAUUGCGAUCAGGGCAAUCUUGGUCCUAAGGAGGUAUCGGACAGCAGUGAGAAAUAUCACUCCGACGAGACCGUUCAAAUUCUCAGCCCACCCCAAGAGUACAUACCCAGUCUCACGAAUACCGAAUGUCGUGAUAUCACCUAUUCCAUUGAAACAUCAACAAUAAACUCACCUAUUACUAUCACACCAAUGAGCCCACCUAAUCAAGAGAAACCAGAUAUAAUAGAGGCUGAUCUAGUACACCCUGUCGCACCCAUGCUCCACCAAGGUCGAUACUUUGCCUGGUCACAGGUAUUCAACAAACCACCUUCUCACAUUUGUUUGCAAUUUGCAAUGUGGGCGCUAGCAGCGGCCUCAUCUGCCCAUCUAAAUCAUAUGCGAGAGUCUCUUUACACCCGUGCGCGGUCCGAAAUUGAGACUCUAGAUCACGAUAUUGAAUCUAGCAGCGCGGCCUGUCUCCAGGCAGCCCAAGCAUGGCUUCUUCUCACUCACUACGAGUUCCGCUACAUGAGCUACCGUCGAGCAUGGCUUACCGCAGGACGCGCCUUUCGCAUAAUUCAACUGGCCAAACUACAUGAGAUCGAUCGGCUCAAUGAAGUUACCGUAAACAUGGCACAUCCCGAAGCAUGGGCCGAGGCUGAGGAAAAGCGACGGACGUACUGGCUAGCCUAUUGUCUCGACCGGUUUCUCAAUAUUUCUGAAGAGUGGCCUUUGAGUCUACACGAGGAAGCACUCUGCAUAUAUCUCCCCGUCUCAGAGCCAGAUUUUCAACACAGUAGGCCAGUCCUUAUGGGCUCCUUAUACGACGAGAUCGAGACCUCCGGACAAAAAAUGCUACCGCCUUUUGCGGAAACAAUCGUCCUGAUCACGCUAUGCUGGCACAGCGUUGCAUUCCAGCGAGCUGCACACGGCGACAAAACAUCCCCGAGCGACGGAGAUACCUGGAAGCGCCAUACUCGGCUAUACCAAAUGGUACAACAGCGGUUGAUGCUGAUCUCACUACCCCCGUCCGCGCCUGAACUCCACGAUCCCAUGCGUCUGUUCACAAACAUGCUCGCCAAUGCUGCUGUGAUAUGGUUUUACAACAUAAUGGAGAGCAUGCAGGUAGAGAUUGAUGAUGAAAUCAUCCUGGUUCCUCUUUACUCUGCGUACGAGAUAGUAGGUUUGGCGAAGCCGCUCACCCGAUCCAGCUUUUUCAAGGCGCAUGCGUUUUCUCCCAUGCUACUCUAUCUCUCGGCAAAGUUUCUCAAGGCACAUGCUGAUCAACUGAGUACAUGUGUCCCCGCGUCGGAGGAUAAACAGCAGAAGUUGGAGGAUUUGAAAAAAGCUUUGCGGAUUUUACAGUGUGGGAACAAUCUAGCUACGAGCUAUUUGAAGCUGCUUGAUUCGGACUUGUCUCCCAAAUUGUGCAACCUCUCGACUGUCCACGGAUGUACUAUUUCUGAAGUCACAGAUCAGCCGGAGCCACCUUUCUAUUUGGAUAUCAUGAAUCUUUUCUAG